UGAGCAUUGGAGGAGGCGCGCUGUCUCGAGCAGUGGCUGAUCGGAUGUUCCUCAAGUUCAGCACAUCAGCUGUUGCUCUGUAUGUGAUGGUGCCCUGAUAUCAGUGCGGUCUGGCCCUGGUCAGCCCGCUUCGGUCCAGGUCAGAUCAGCCUGUUACUGGCAGCAUGGCAUUCGGAGUUCAGCUCGCGCUCUCGGCUCUCCGCGUCGUGCUGAUGCUCGCGGUCUGCUCUGGUGACAGUCUGUCUAACGAAGCUAAUCCAACCAAUCAGCUGGGGCCUUUUGAUAAAGUGGAACACUAUGGAUCUACAGAACCAUGGCUUCUCAUUGGUGGACAGAAAAGACCAAUCAGCCUUUUGCAAUCAAUGGGACAUCCUGCAUCACUAAGGCUCCAGAUUGAGGCGGAAGGCAAACAGCUGCUGCUCAUUCUGCAGAAAAAUGAGGGGCUUUUUGCCAGUCACUACACAGAAACGCACUACCUGGAUGGAGGGAAGCCCAUCACCACAUCUCCCAGCUCCAGAGUAAACUGUUACUACCAUGGAGAGGUGAAGGGUUAUCCACAUUCUGACGUCAUCCUCAGUACCUGCACCGGAAUCAGAGGGCUGAUCACACUGAAAGAUAAAGUGUUGGUGCUGGAGCCAGCGCAGAAUCCCAAUGACACCCUGCAUCAUAUCUUUAGAGGAGAGCGUCUCACCUUGCAGAACGGGACAUGCGGACACGGACACAACGUCUCUCACAUCGCAGGACUCUCCGAUGAUACCAGAAGCUUUUUCAGCUCACAUGGGCACAGGUACAAAAGACAAGCCCAAAGCAGCACUAAAUAUGUUGAACUGAUCAUUGUAGCAGACAACCGAGAGUAUCAGAAACAGGGCAAGGAUGUGGAGAAAGUGAAACAGAGACUGGCUGAGAUCGCCAAUUAUGUGGACAAGUUCUACAGAGCACUGAAUAUCCGUGUGGCCCUGGUAGGGCUGGAGGUGUGGAGUGACUCAGACAAAUGCCCUGUCUCUCAGGACCCGUUCACCACACUACAUGAAUUCCUGGACUGGAGGAAACUCAAGCUUUUACCACAGAGACCACAUGAUAAUGCCCAGCUUAUCAGUGGGGUGUAUUUUCAGGGCACCACCAUCGGCAUGGCUCCUAUCAUGAGCAUGUGUACAGCCGAGCAGUCUGGGGGCAUCGUCAUGGACCACUCUGAUAACCCCCUUGGAGCUGCAGUUACUUUGGCUCAUGAGCUUGGACAUAACUUUGGAAUGAACCAUGACACACCGGAGCGGGGGUGUGGAUGCAGGGUGACAGCGGAGCGAGGUGGUUGCAUCAUGACUCCUUCAACUGGAUACCCCUUCCCCACUGUGUUCAGUUCAUGCAGUAAGAAGGACCUGCUGGUGAGUUUGGAUAAGGGAGUAGGGAUGUGCCUCUUCAACAUGCCUGAGAUGAAGGUGCUCUAUGGAGGGCAGAAGUGUGGCAACGGAUACGUAGAAGAGGGGGAGGAGUGUGACUGUGGAGAUCUUGAGGAAUGUAUGAACCCAUGCUGUAAUGCCAGCACAUGCACUCUGAAGUUGAAUGCAGUGUGUGCGCAUGGCCAGUGUUGUGAAGACUGUCAGCUGAAGACUGCAGGAACACUGUGCCGAGAGCCUGCUAACUCAUGUGAUCUGCCAGAGUUCUGCACAGGUUCUGACCCUCACUGUCCUGCUAACGUCUACCUGCACGAUGGUCACAUGUGUCACGGUGUGGAUGGAUACUGCUACAAUGGCAUCUGCCAAACACAUGAACAACAAUGCAUCACACUCUGGGGUCAGGGUGCAAAGCCAGCUCCAGGCAUCUGUUUCGAGAGGGUGAACUCAGCAGGAGACCCAUAUGGCAACUGUGGAAAAGACUCUAAGGGCUCAUUCGCUAAAUGUGAAGCACAAGACGCUAAAUGUGGGAAGAUCCAGUGCCAGGGUGGGGCAAAUCGGCCAGUAAUCGGAACCAAUGCGGUUUCCAUAGAGACCAACAUCCCAUUGCCGGAAGGUGGGCGUAUUCUGUGCCGGGGGACUCAUGUGUAUCUGGGUGAUGACAUGCCAGACCCAGGGCUGGUACUGACUGGAACCAAGUGCGGCAACAACAUGGUGUGUCUGAAUCGUCAGUGUCAAAACAUCAGUGUCUUCGGCGUUCAUGAGUGCGCGUCCAAGUGUAGCGGACGUGGGGUGUGUAAUAAUAAAAAGAAUUGUCACUGUGAGGCACACUGGGCUCCUCCUUUAUGUGAUAAAGCUGGAUUUGGAGGCAGUGUGGAUAGCGGACCAGUGAGACAAGCAGAUGGCGAAAGUAUAAAGGUGGGCAUCGUGGUAGCGUUCCUGUGUUUGCUUUGUGUGGCUAUGAUUGUCUGUGUUAAGAGGAAGACUCUGGUCAGCCUCUUCAUCAAUAACAAGAAAAACAACAUUGAGAAGUUAAGGUCAGUGGGACCAAGCAGGCUCAGUCAAGGACACACAAUUUCAGCCCCAGAGACACAAACACACACCACAUGCAGAGCAUCGCCUCGUUGUCAAGCUCCAGCCAUACCACAAAGUGACAGCAUAUAUAAGCCCCAGUGUUCUCUCCCGGUCUUGAACGCUGUUGUCGCUUCUCACACUCUCCGUGCUCUGCCUCAGUGUCCUCCACUCCACCUGAACCCACUAUUACCGUUGCCCUUUGCCCCACCCACCCACCGUGCCCCUCCACCUCCUCUGCCACACACUCCCUCACCCCGCCACAGAGCCCCUCCUGUACCGCACACACUCUCCCACCUCCACACUCCAGCACGAGGAGCCUCCCUCCUCACCUUAAGCUGCCAGAACACCUGCAGGAUGGCCAUGGAGAUGGAGAAGCCAAGCCCGCCUCAGAAGCCUUUGCCUGCCGACCCAUUAGGACGGAGCUCUAAGCUGGGACGGAACCCAAUUGCAACACAUCUUCCAGUUCCUGGUUCAGCAGCACCCAUCAUACAGCCCAACAGACCACCUCUUAAGCAGCCCCCUACACUGCCAAAGCAUCAGUUCUUCACAGGAAUGAAGAAGCCCUGUAGCUGAGACAGAAAUCUGUGAGAACUGCAGUUUAAUCUGUUUUGCACUAUGAAACUCUGCUGGUCCUCAUGAACAGUGUGUAACGCUCGUGACGGCUUGACGGUUCGAUCCCUCGGUGCUACGCCUCCCUCCUUCUCCGGUGCUAUGAGUCAACCCUCAGGUACACAUCGUACAUUAUUUAUGUUCAUCAAAAGUAUUUAUUUCUACGUGGUUUGGGACAUUUUUGUAGCAUUUUGCCCUGAUAUUGAUUGGAACUCCGAAUACUAUGAGUCGAAUACUAGCGUGAUUCAGCAGUAUGGAGGGAGGCCUUAAAGAGAUAUAAUCUACCCUGUGAAAAUAAAUUGAAGACUGUAACGUUGGUGCUUUUUAUGCUAAAACUGGAACAGAGUUUAGAAAGGAACAGAUUUGCUCUGUUGCUGCGUAACAUAAUGCGUCAUAGUCGUAAAAUAAGAUCGAGAGACUCAUCUCAGACCACCAUAAUGGGAAGGUUUGUGCCUGUAAGUUUAUAAUAGACUUAGAGAGGAAGUAAAGACAGCUGCGUGUUCCCUCUCAUGGCAGUUAGACAAUAAACAGUAUUCAAUUUGAUUGUUGAGUCAUAAUACAUAAUACACUGGUGUUUUUUUUUCAGUAUUAUCCCUAUCCACUGCAUCUGUAGUGUAUGUUUGAUAACAGUUUAUCAUUUCAACUCGUUUUCUGGUAUUUCACUAGAAACUUACUUAUAAAAGGCAUUUGUUGAAUUCUGUUGUACUUUACAGAUGCCCCAACAAAUGCCCUUACACCGCUAUUAGUAGAUUUUUGAGUUACCUUUUUUUUAUUUUAUUUUCAGUACACAUUAUUUCUAUAUAUUCUUCAAUACAGCAUUAUAUUUUUUUUCACAGUAGACAGCAGUGUGUUGAAAUAAAAAAGAACUAUGCUACAGAGGCAGCAGACAGAGAUUAGGACAGAAAUGUUCCAGUGUAUGCCUUUAAAAUAUAUAUAAAAAAAUCCCAGUUAUUCAAGCACCAUCUUCUUGUCUCUUUACCUGAACGCUCUGGGAUUCUUUGCUCUCCUCUAAAAUAAAGAGAUUUGCUUCAUAGGUUAUGGAUGAUGACGGUUAAAGGAGGUGAUAUUGAGACAUUUGCACACCAAGACUAAGUAGGUGAAAUGUUUUGUAGUGGGUAUUUUUUAGAACAUGAUCAUACAAAAACUUGACAUCUGUAGCAAACUGGAGUGUGUAUGCAGGGAACUCUUUCAGCUGUGACAGUGUGUGUUUUCACUGAGCCUACAUUUAUUUGAAAUCUAGACAAUGUAGAGCCUUAUAUUUUUUAUACAUAGCACGUACCAUCAUGUUACUGUGGCUUGCUUUUGGGUGAAAUAUGUUGUUUUAAAUAAAUAGUGGGUGUCAACGGCAGUCACUAGCUUUUAUUUUUAUGUUUUUUUUACAUUUGCUUAUAAAAAUGGAUUACUUCAAGCGAUAUGUUAGCUAUAUUUUCACUCAUACACUUAUAUGGCAUAUACUAAUACACCAGUUCAGAUUAUGAUUUAAAGACAGUCUGAGAAUCUUUGCAAGUCUAGAUUCUUUUUCAGUGGUAAUCAUGGAGCACUAUAGUAUGUUAAUCAUGUUGCUUGUCUUGUUAUGCAGUCUGUAUUUUCUGUAGUCACUUUUUACCACUUUGUAACCGUCUUUCACUUGUAUCGGUAUUUCUUCACAGACAAAAUAUGAUACUGAUUUUCUUUCUUUUUGCUGAGUGACUGCGAAAGCGAACGUUUUGUACGACAAAUCUUUGAUAAGUCAUAUGUUAGGGAGGGGAUGGAGGGAGUGUAAAUAUCUGUGUUUUGAUUACAAAUUAUGAACCAGUGUUAAGUAAAGUUGUCUAUGAAAAUGA